AUGGCGCCGGAGCUCAGUUCUGCAUCUAUUCGGGUCGCCUUUGAAGGCUGUGGACAUGGUUGUCUUCAUGACAUAUACGCAUCAGUGGAGAAGGCCGCUACGUUGAAGGGCUGGGAUGGGGUUGACCUUCUGAUCAUUGGCGGCGAUUUCCAGGCUGUCAGAAACUCUCAUGAUAUGGCUUGUAUGUCUGUACCACAGAAGUACAAGGAGCUGGGAGACUUCCAUGAAUACUACAGCGGACAACGUACAGCUCCUUAUUUAACCAUCUUUAUCGGCGGUAAUCAUGAGGCUGGUAACCACUUAUUUGAGCUCUACUACGGCGGAUGGGUCGCUCCCAACAUUUACUACAUGGGAGCGGCAAAUGUCAUUCGUUGUGGUCCUUUACGUAUUGCAGGAAUGUCUGGCAUCUGGAAAGGUUAUGAUUAUCGAAAGCCACACUUCGAACGACUUCCAUACAACCGAGAUGAAAUCCAGUCUAUCUAUCAUGUCAGAGAGCUGGAUGUUCGCAAGUUACUCCAAAUUCGCACCCAGGUCGAUCUUGGCCUUUCACAUGACUGGCCCAAGCAGAUUGAAAACUACGGCGACUACAACGCACUUUUCAGAAUAAAGAAAGGGUUCCGACAGGAUUCAGAGACCGGUAAAUUGGGAAAUUCGGCGGCGAAAUUUGUUCUGGAUCGUCUACGCCCAGCGCACUGGUUCUCUGCUCACUUGCACGUGAGAUUUGCUGCGACCGUUGAGCAUGGAGAUUAUAUUACCCCGGAGCAUCCAGGUGCGAAACGACAAGCAACUACUUCUCAGGGCCCGAAUGCUCCAAAUGCGUUUGGGUUCGACGGCGCUCUUGUCACGUCAUUGCUUGGUGAAGGGGACACGGCAAGUAGUCACACUUUGCCAGCGCGUACCACCACAAACGAGACUUCAGAUACUGCUAGCCCAGCUCAUGUUUUUAAGUCAGAAGAUGACCUCUCAGGAUCCCAUCAUCAGCAGCCAGCUACGACACAAGGCAUCGUGAACGACAUUGAUAUACAGAAACCCGUCUCAGUUCAGCCAGACCAUGAAGACACUCAAAGCAAGAUAUCGGCUUGGAAUGAGUUUCACACGGUUGCCGCUAAGAAUGAAGCGAUUGAGAACUCUCGAUAUCUCAUGGAACACCAAGGAGUUGUCCCCGAAGUUCAGCAUAAUCUAACCUGGAAAAGGGUCGAUAUUGGUGAGGAUGGAGUUGGUCGGAAGCUCGUCGGAGUGGAGAGGGAUACAUGUGCUGACACUGCGGUGAACAAAAAGCAAAAGUUGCAACAUGAACUUAACCCCGUGAAAAAUUCAGAUGAAAUUGACUUGGACCUGGAUAGCGACUCUGGUGAAGAUGCUGCUGCAGAUACUGUUCCUGAAGCAGAAUCGCGGGUCAUGGAUCACCCGACCUCAACAACCAACAUUACUGAAGGUCCUACUGUUAGCAUUGCCAACCCCGCAGAAGAUGUCGAAAAAGACACAGGAGACGUCUCUGAAGAAGUCCGGAGCCAGCUCCCCGCUGGUUUUGCACGACCCCAACCGCAAACAUACGCGAUUAAUGGGCCUUUGCCGGAGUCCAUUUCCAACAAGACCACACACUUUCUUGCUUUGGACAAAUGUCUUCCAAAUCGAGAAUUUCUUCAACUUGUUGAAUUUAGUACUAUUUCAGAUCUCGAAGGUACUCAGUGCGAGCGUCCUUAUCGCUUGCAGUAUGAUAAGGAAUGGCUUGCCAUCACACGUGUGUUCGCAAACGACCUUCAGCUGGGCGAUGCAACCGCCAAACCAGCUGCCGAUAAAGGUGACACCGUUUACGAACCUCAGAUCAUCGAGGAAGAAAAGUGGGUAGAGGAACACAUUGUAAAGCCUGGAAAAAUUGGCAUACCAGAGAAUUUCAUCCCAACGGCCCCGCCUUACGACCCGGCUGUUCCUAUCACUACAGAACAGAUGCCACCGGAGUACAAUAACCCUCAGACUGCUCAAUUUUGCGAACUGAUUAGUAUCGAAAACAAGUUCCACCUCACCGAUGAAGAACGUGAAGCUCGCAUAGCUGCUGGUCCACGGCCUGUUGAGUCUAGGCAGAACUUCUCCCGGCAUUCUCGUCGUGACGGUCAUGGGCCUGGGCGUGGCAGAGGUGGCGGUAGAGGUGGCAGAGGUGGUGGCCGCGGCUGGGGACGCGGACGCGGACGUGGACGAGCAGCUCCCUACUAA